AUGAACGCGUUCAGGACAAGGAGCAAAAAGGGGAAUAGAAAUGGAGAUCAAAGGAACUUUAUACGACGAUUUCCAUCUGAUUCUGACCUUUACAGGAAAGUCUUGAACAAAAAAGCGAUGUCGCAUGCAAAUCUGCAUAAAAAGUUCGCUUCGUGUACUCAGUUAAACAAACUGCCGUCGUUUCAGCAGCAUCAAAACUGCAAGGAAUACAAAUAUGAAGAGAAGCUUACUAGCGAGCUAAACAGGUUUUAUUCCCUUCGGGUCAGGAAGACAAGAGCUCAGGUCAAACGAAACAAGCAACUGGCUUUUUCUCUCGCGUUUAAAAUGUUGAUUAAUGCACAAGUCGUUAACAAUCGCUUUACCGUCGGGGAAAUUCUACGUAAUGGGGCAAAUUAUGGUGAUAUGGUGGAAAUAGAAGGCGAUCGCUUUGAAUUUGGUGUCCCUGUGUACCUUGAUGAAAAUGCAAGCUUUUCCAUCCAUCGCGCCGAAGAAGAUGGCUUUGUGAGACUGCAACUUGAUGAUUGUGAAACUUGGCAAGAUUGUUUUGACAACGAUGGAUUCCUAUCAGCAAAUCUUGUUAGGUCAAAACUUCACUUAACGAUGAAAAACACUUUAAAAUCUUUCAAAAAUAACAUCGAAGAAGGAAGCGAUGAGUACCCAAGUGAUGUCCAGAAUGUGGAAGUUUUCUGCGAGGGUUCGACCAUAGUUCUGCAAAUAAAAGAGAUAAGUGGAUUCAUAGCCGUAGAAUUGAUACCCACGAUUGUAAUAUUACGGGAAAAUUUGGAGUGGUGUCGGAGAUUUUCCAAAUCCGCUCCACCAUCGUUUGUUGUCGGUAAAGCGUGUCCUCUGCCUUUAAGCGACCCAGAAACACUUUGGCAAUUGUCAUUUUUGUCAGCUGAAAAGAAGAAAUUCUGCACUUUGGGUACAGCGAAAUAUUGUUUGUUUUUAACAUUGGCUGAAAUAAGAAGACGAGACCAAACUCUGCGAGAGUUAUCACUGUACCAUUUACAAACUGUUCUGUUCCUAGUUGGGGAUGCGAUCAAUGAUCCCAUGAAAUGGAGCAAGGAUAAGAUAGGCGAGCGUUUCUUGGAUGUGAUUCGUUGUUUGGAGACAUUUUUAGAAAAUAAAAACUGUCCGCAUUAUUAUAUGCCGAACAACAAUCUAUUUGCGAGUAUGAAUGCCGUCACCAUUGCUACUCUCAAGGACAGAGUGAGGAGAAUGAUGAAACCAACUUGCGUGGCUUGUGGUGUGGCGACAAUUUGUAAAAGUGACUGAGGUCCGGGGAGGGAAAAUAAAUGGCCAUUCGUGGCCUCUCGCCUUUACUAGUGGUCAUUCAGGGUGAUUCGUGGCCACUCGCCUUUACUCGUGGUCAUUUACGGUAAUUCAUGGUUAUUCGUGGCCACUCGUGAUCAUUCGUGGUCACUCGUGGUCCCUUUUGUGUACCUGCAGAGGCGAUAGAAAAUCUUGUCUUGGCUUGUUGUAAUAAAACACCAAUCCUAGUCGUAAGAAGAAUGGGAACAAAGGGAGUUGUUCGUCUUAUAUGGAAUUACGGAAAUUUCGUUUUAUAGUUUCUUCACGGAAAUCAAUUGAGAUUCUCACAAGCUUCGCAGUGAAUAUUGCUUGUGAAGUUUGGAACUUUUUUUAUACUGGUAAGUAAAACGCAGUAAACUUUGGUUCUCUAGAGGAGCGAACAAUGGGCAUGUAGACUAUAAAUACAGCGACAAUUUAGUAUUUUAGACCGUGUUCUGACUGCAAAUCACAUCUCGGUUAACAGUUUAAAGAAAGCCAGAGCAUUGUUUUAGUUCAGUCGUGUCAGUCUGUCGGACACACAUAGAGUCGUUAUGACACAAAUAUUUGCUCCGCUCCGCUCCGCUCCGCUCUCCACUAAAGAAAUGGAUGAGGUUACUUUUGAUCACCACAUUUUUUUGGCAAAAGAGGCACUCACUGAACUUGGUCAAAGUACCACAAAAAUCGACAAAAUAGGAAGUUUAGGCGAAGAAGACUUCCCGACUUCAAAAACUCAACAAUUGGAAGACGAACUGAAGAGAGAAAAAGAAGCAGCGAUCAAAUUUAAGCAGAUCGACGAUCAUCUCCACAAGAUUGAGUCCCAAGUAAAAGAUAUGAACACUGAAGUUCUGGAAGUUCAAAGGGGAGUGACAGAUUUAAGGAUAGACAUGUCAGAAGUCGGGAUAGGAUUGGAACGUUACACAUCAGUUGUAGAGACCAAAUUGGACGGUGUUGGCUCAGAAAUGAAGACACGAGUAGAGGCUGUCCGGUCAGAUGUCAAUGACCAGAACACCCGUCUACGAGAUAUCCACUCCGACUUAAAAGAUGCAAAGACUGAAUUCACAGAUGUGAAAACGCGAGUGGAAGAUGUCUUGUCAGAAGUGAAAGAUGUGAAGGUCCAAACAGCAGAUUUAGAAUCAAUUGCGUCAAGUGUGAUGGGACUAAAAGCAGAUGUUGCUUGCAUUAAAGACGUCGUACAAGUAGAAAAAUCAAUAGGUAAGCUGAAUUACAUGCGUUUGCCCUUCUGUUAAAUCUAUCCUUCAAAUUAAGGAAUAGCAGACUUGCUCGCUAAGUUUCCACUAAACCUUGGAUUGGAAAUGCUGAUAUCAAAGCACACUGUUCAAAAGCAAAACAAACUUUGCGGAACAAGUUGGAAAUUAUACUUUCAUGGCCCCCAGAAAGGAAACAUUUGAUUUGUGAACAACUCUUUUUGUAUCGUUGUAUCAUUAUUUUAACACGUUAGUUCCUACUUAUGUGUACUAAUUGAUCACAUCCUUUACCAUUCCAAUUAAACGAAAUUUAAUUAGUUUUCAUUAAGGAUGUUUUGACAAUACACAAAUUGCCUAUCCUUAUAUGAAGGACAACUGAUGUCAGCUAUGUUGAUAAACGAAUUUGUCUCAAAUGGAUCCAUUGAGGAUGUUGUGACAAUUUACAAAUUGCCUAUCCGUAUGAGGGAAAAUUGAUGUCAGCUGUGUUGAUAAACGAAUUUGCCUCUCUAAGGUCCACCAUUUCCUGAGUCAUGUAUUCCUUAUAAAAUCCCACACUUCGUUGGUCGCGGAGGAGAGAGCAGAAAUAUUUUGGAUCAGUUAACAGAUGGAUCCACUCGAUUGGUUUAUGUUUGGGGUCCACCGGGAUUUGGAAAAACCUCUGUGGCCAUUCACGUGGCACAUGAGUUGCGAGAGAGGAAGAUUCCGGUGUACUUCACAUCCCUUCGUGGAUUGAAGACCAGAGAUGAUUUGGUCUCAAAUCUACUUGGUAUAUUUGUAGACGCUAAGGAAGCACUCCACUUAUCAUCUUCUGAUCGACUCAUCCAAUGUUUACGGAAAUGGCGGUCACCUUUUGUCCUUAUUUUGGAUAAUGCUGACGAUUUACUAGAAUCUAGAGAUAUGCAAGUGAGGCAAGAUGUCCUAAGGCUUAUAGAAGAACUCCUUGGCAAAUGCAAUCACAUUAAUCUUCUCGUCACUUCCCGUGAAUCCCAUAAAGAAUUGAGUCACAAGCUCCCCAUUCAUCUGGAGGAAGUUGGUGUUCUGGAUGAGGCUUCUUCGGCUGAAUUGGUGAAAACAUUCCUACCAAAAGUCUCUGAAAGUGACCGUGAUUACAAAGUGAAGGAAUGUGGACAAGUUCCUCUGGCCAUGAGAUUGAUGUGCAGUAUCAUAGAGGAAGGAACUGUUUCGGUUGGUGAACUGUUAGAAGAAAUGAAGAAUUUACCUCUGAUUGAAAUUCUAGACAACGAGAGUAAUUCCGAUGAUUGUCGUCUGAAGAAGAUAAUGAACACAUCUUUUCAAAGGCUAACCUCCAACCAACAAGAAGCAUUCGUUUCGCUCGCUGUUUUUCCAGGUUGUUUUGGAGUGGACGAAGCUAAGGCUGUGUUGAAUUUGAAAACCGUCUUUGAAGCUAAGAAAAUUCUUCAAUCACUGAAACGAAAAUCUUUAGUAGACUGCAGCGACAAUUUUGACAACUUCACAAUCCAUUCUCUUUUGCGAUCCUUCGUCGAGGAUCGUAGAAGAAAGGAAGAAGAAAUUAAAAGACAUUACGCUGAAGCGCAACUUCGUUUUUGCAAUUAUUACAUUUCUAAAUUCAGAGAGGCCAACGAAAAGUUUUUAACCGGUUCUUCAAAUGACGCAUAUAAAGCCUUCCACAAUCAGCGCGAGAACAUCAGGCUAGCUCUUGUUGACGGAAGUAAAGAUGAGGAUCUUUAUUCCAAAGUCGUCGAAGUAUUGUCGAAAGCCGAGUUAUUUGUCUAUGCUGUACUGCCAAAUCAAGAGGCACUAUUCGAUAUUCUUUACUCCACCGCAAUAGAGGAGGCGAAAAAAAGGCAACGUCGAGACGACGAAUGCAAGUUGCUCGCUGCCAAGUCCUUUAGUUCCUUGGGCGGGUUUUACUCUCGCCCUCGAAGUUGGGAUCAUUCCUUAGAAAGUGGAGAUCAGAAUGCCGAAAAUCCUCCUCCAAAGUAUUUGGUUUACCUUGGCAUUCAUCAGUUGCUGUCACGAAAUAUCGACGACGGCAUAUCGUCUCUCAGAGCAUCAGUGAAUUAUCUUGGUAAUGACAAUGACGAAAGAAUUCUCAAAAUCCUUGCCUAUCAUGUACUCGCUGUCUGUUACAGAAAAGAGAUGGACAAGGAAAAGGUUUCUGAAUUUGAAACUUUGUGUGCGAAAGAAUGUGAAUUGUCUUCUUGUUGUCCCGCAUUUCUAAAUCUUUUUUUACAAAACAGCCAUCAAUUGCUAGAAGUAGAAGUUUGCUCUGAAAAUGAUUUAGUGAAUGUCAUCGAAAAAGAUGUAUUCUUUUUCGUAGUUAUGGCUGAAUUGUUACCGCUACUUUACAUCGAACUCGAAUUUGAGCAGCACAUGGUAACUGAACUACCUUUAAUGACCAGACACCUCAAACGAUUUCACAAAGUUAUUCUUAAGCUAUUUGAUGAAGGAAUUCUUCACACCAGGGUGGUUGAGGCUUGUUGCAAUGCGUUAUAUAAUUCAAAGUGUUAUCAGGAAGCUGCUGAAGGCUUUCGAAGGAUAACGGACAGACUUGAAGUCCUUGGAAGCACCAGCAGAAGUGCAUAUCGAACAUACCUUUUCCGUGGCUUAGCGCUUAGAGAACUAGAAAACUACAAAGAAGCUCUUCAUUGUUUUAAGGAAACGAUAGCCGUCAAAAUGGAACUUUUAAAUGAAACUCAACGUGAAGAAAUUUACGACAUUACAAAUGUUAGAGAGGCUCUUGAGCGACUCGCGAAUUACUUGCACAUGCGACGGCGUCUUAACGAAACUGCCAAUGCUGAUCAAACUGACGAUUUCAAAGCCACCUUUGAAAAGCUGAAAAGUAUCGUUCAGUCAGAGUUAGUGAAUGUUGAGAAUGAAGAUCAUGAUGACCUUGCUACUUGUUUCAUGACGCUUGCCUACUGUCAGGUUUCAAUGAGGAACUUGGCUGAAGCGCUUAGUUCACUUCAACAGGCGAUAGCCAUAAGAGAAAAGCACUUUGAUGAUCAGGCAAAACUAGCAUUAUGUUUACUUCAUAAAGGAAAUGUGCAUUUGGAAAUGGAAAACUACAACGAAGCUAUCAAAGCACACCAAUGUGCCUUGAAUUUGGGAAGUUUGGAUCACCAAGAUACAGCUACUAUCCACUGUCACCUUGGAAGGAGUUACUAUGAGCUGAGUGACUUUAUCAAGUCUCUGAAUGAACAUCAACGGGCCCUAGAGCUUAGGAAAAAACAUCUUGGAAACCACGUACUGACAGCCACCAGUCUCAAUCAAGUUGGAGGUGCGUACUUCAGAAUGGAAAAGUAUGAUGCUGCUAAAGAGAAAUUUCAAAGUGCUUCCGACCUUAUGACCGCAAUAUACAAACGAGAACAUGGACUAACCGCCAGUGCGCUGUUUAACCUCGGCGAAGUAUGUUUGGUGAUGGAAAAGUACGAGGAAGCCUAUGAAUCUUGUAAACAGGCUCUAAACAUUAGACUGAAAUUACUGGGCGAGCAUGAAGAUACAGCUACCAGCUUUCACUCUUUGGGAUCUAUUUGUUCCAAGAUGAAUGAUAGCAAAGCUGUCUCGUACUUUCAAAGAGCAUCAGAGCUCAGACAGAAGCUUCUUGGAGAUCAUUUAGACACAGCCCUGAGUUAUCACAGCCUGGGUGAGGCGCAGAUGCUCGAGGGUGAUGCUAUUGGCGCUGUAGCUUCCCUGCAAGCUGCCUUCAGAAUCAGAGGGAACACUUUGGGACUCCGGAAUGUGGACACGGCCAAGACUUUAGAGCAGCUGAGACGCGCUUUUGGAACCGUCGUUCCUGUGGGAAUCGGCGUUGCUUUGCGUAGCCAUGUUCUUGCUGACAUUCAUUUUCGUUCGGAGUACCACACAAACUUAGUCUUGGCUCUCAAGUUCUGCAAAGAAGCUGUGCACACAUCUAUGGAGUCACUGGGUGAAAACGUAUUGACUGCGGAUAGCUUGCAUUUGGAAGGACAGAUUCAUAAAAAGAUGAAUGAUAACCAGUCGGCAAUUGAAGCUUUUCGAAAAGCGUCCAGGAUGAAGUCAAAUCUGCGAGGCGAUCACGAAAAUACAGCAGACAGCUUCUAUUGUUUAGGAGAAAGUCACCUUGACCAAGGUGAAUACGAGGCAGCUGUCAGAGCAUUUCAAGAGGCCGCACGCAUAAGAUCCAACAUCCGAGGAGGAGGAGGAGGGGUCGAACUGGUAGAGAGCUAUAGACUAGCGGCAUUCACAUACCAUCGGCUUGGUGUAGCACAGUACAGACUAGAGGACCUUCGUGGAGCUCUAGCAUCUUUACAAGAGGCCUCACGACUGAGAAGGGAAGCUUUAGUGGAAGACCAACUCACGGAUGAAAUCUUGCAGUUAAUUAAUCUUGUCUGCGAGGAUCUGAGUGUAGGCGAACUGGACUGUGACUAA